AUGGCGGACCAUGCCAUCACCGAUUCGGAGGCGAUGGGCGCAAAGGCUGAGAUGACGCACGAAGAGGUGGUCCAUCUGGCCGAGUUGUCCGCGGAAGAGAAAGAGAUCGAGCGCAAAUUGCGACGGCGCAUCGAUACCUUGAUCAUGCCUCUGGUCAUCCUAGUCUAUCUGAUGAAUUACAUCGAUCGGAACAAUUACGCAGCCGCCAAGCUCCAGGGUCUCAUUGAAGAUCUCAGCCUGACCUCCCAGCAAUAUGAGACCGGUCUCUCAAUCCUGUUUGUCGGCUACAUUUUGAUGCAAGUUCCAUCGAACCUCCUGCUCAACUAUAUGGGCCGACCGUCCCUUUACUUGGGUUUCUUCGUUUGUGCCUGGGGUCUCGUAUCUGCAUUGACCAGUCAAGUCACAAGCUAUGGAGGUAUCGUUGCGUGUCGUUUCAUCUUGGGACUCGUAGAGGCGCCUUUCUUUGCCGGUGUCCUCUUCUACCUCUCGAAAUGGUACACUAGGAGAGAACUGGCCUUCCGCAUGAGUAUCUUCUACUCGGGCUCGCUUCUUAGCGGUGCUUUUGGCAACCUGAUUGCGGCCGGCAUUCUGAGUGGACUGGCUGGGCAACGUGGAAUGGCUGCGUGGCAGUGGCUCUACGUUAUAGAGGGAAGCCUCACUUGCUUCAUCGGAGUGGUCAUCUGCUUUAUCCUUCCCGACUUCCCGGAGACCUGGCGCCUGCUGUCGCCGGAGAUGCGCGCUGUCGCCAACCGACGUCUCGCAAUCGAAGCGGCCGAGGCCGAUAUCGACGAAAAGGGGAGCGGCAGCCAGUUCUAUGGUCUCAAGCUUGCCAUGACGGAUAUCAAAACCUACGCCCUUGCGAUCGCGUACAUGAGCAUCACAGGAGCUGCCGGCUUCCAGAACUUCUUCCCGACUCUGACAGAGACGCUGGGAUAUAAUGAUACGAUCUCGCUGUUGCUGGUGGCGCCUCCGUACAUCUUUAUGGUGGUCUACAGUCUGGCGCACUCGUGGGUCUCGGACAAACUGAGCAUUCGGUUUUGGUUCUUCGUGUACCCGAUUCCCAUCACGUUCAUUGGGUUUAUCAUCUUCAUGACCACUGACUCGUUCGGCCCGCGCUACUUCUCCCUUUUCCUGAUGAAUUUCGUCUUCGCCCAGAACGGGACACUCUACUCGUGGAUCGCGAAUUCGCUGCCGCGCCCGCCGGCAAAGCGUGCCGCUGCCUAUGCAUUCAUCAACUCCGUGGGCAACUCCGCCAGUAUCUGGACUCCUUACACUUACACUAAGACGGCCAAGGGACACUACCACAUCGCGCUGGGCGUGUGCAUCGGGUUGCAAGCUCUGGGCUUCCUCAUGGCUCUGUUCAUGUACUUCAAUUUGAACAUGCUCAAUAAGCGCCAGGAGCGGUUGGAGAACGAAGAUCUGCAGCUCACGCCCAAGGAGCUGCAGCGGCUGCAGACCACGGCCGAGGUGGAGGGGAUUGACCUUGCUGCUGCACGGCGACUGCAGAAGGGGUUCCGCUACGUGCUGUAA